AUGCCUGGCAGUCUGACCUCCGAAAGGACGUGUUUCGUCGAUUGGGACGAGUAUCCAGCUGACGGUAUUGAAGUCGACCAGCGUUUUCGACUGUCCGUCACCUUGACUAUUGCCGUAGAAGAGGGCGAUUCGGCAGAAUUUCCCCCCCUUGAGGCCAGCCUGGGAUUAUGCUGCGGAGACGGCGAGGAUGUAUACCGUUCCCUGAUGCAAGACAUGACGGGGGGCGGCUACGGCUGCCCUACACUCGAUCUCAUACAGGGGAAAGUGAAGAUGUCCGACGGAGGGAACUACUAUCAGGUUGCGUUCGUUUGGGAGGACUGUCACAUUAUCGAGCCAUCGGAGUCCUAUUAUCUCACGUUCAAUCUUGAACAGUAUCCUGAGUUGGGCUUGGAGGAGAUGGCGAAACAGGGCGCAACAUUCUCCUGUGUUCUGAACCUUGCUCCGGAAUAA